AUAAAUAUAUAUAUAUAUAUAUAUAUAUAAUAUAUAUAUAUAUAUAUAUAUAUAUAUUUUUUGCACACCGGUGAUCCUGUACACAAUACACAAGACCAUUUUAUUUUUCAGUGUCAUGGAUAUGGAUGCAACAAGCAAUGCACCCAGAAUUAAACUACAACAGCUGCUUCCGAAAGAAAUGGCAACCAUGGCAUAUAAUUCCGUUUAAAUCAUCAAAUCUCUCCAUUAAGAAAUGGUUGAAAGAGAUUAAGCGCAAGAGGAAAGAAAACGAGAGACUACAAAAAGCAGAACUCCAUGCAGCGGUGUCAGUAGCUGGUGUUGCCGCCGCUUUGGCUGCCAUAGCCGCUCAAAAUUCACACAGCGGUGGUUUAAACUCCACCACAAAGGAAGCAGCAGUAGCAACAGCGGCAGCUCUUGUUGCUGCUCAGUGUGCAAAAACAGCGGAGGCAAUGGGUGCGAAGAAACAACAGAUUAGCACUGUAAUGAACUCCGCAAUGAGUGCGACAAGUGCAAGCGACAUUCUAACUCUAGCUGCUGCAGCUUCUACAUCAUUGCGAGGAGCUACAACGCUGAAAACAAGAUCUGCAUGCAAGAACAUGUUGAAUACAAACAUUCCAGUUCUACCUAUCGAAGAAAAUACUGAUCAAGAGUUCGAUUUUGAGCAGUGUCGAUUAAUCUUGAGAAGAGGAACUGAACUUAGCAUCAGGACAUCAGAUGGCAAAUGCAUAAUCAGAUCGGUGUCUGUCAUCUUGAAUCAUGAAGCCAAGGUUAUUCUGAGAACAAGGAAGCUAAAUCUACUGAAUGCAUUUUCUAGUAAAAAAGAAAGUGUUGUGUUAGACCAGCAUGUGGAGCUCUAUAAGAACUACGAAGAUGGAAGGGACCCUUGUUUUCUCAUUGUCUUAACGACUACUCGAGGGAUAAUUAAACUAGACAUGAUAGAUGACGACGAGUGCUACAAGAUAUGGGCAUGGACUGUUAAUCGUAUGCUAUCGCUUUCGACUUCCUUCACAAAAUAUUCACUUCCAUUUUGCAAGAACUAAAACGACAGUGUUGUAUUCAUAUAUGUAUUGGUCUAUGUCCCGUAUUUUCAUCUUUCCUGUGUAAAUUUUAAGCACAUUGUUUGCCGAAAACUUAAUAAUUUUAAUAUUUAAUAAUUUGAUCUAUUAAAUUUUGUAUGAAUUGGG